CUACACAGCCCACUAGCCCAACCUAACCUUUCCCAGCUGCCAGAGCCAUCGGAUCGAGAUCCGAUGGUCCGAAAACAGACUAAAUCCACUGCCCUAGACAUCCUCCUCGGAAUACAUGCACAACCAACCCCUAGCCGACAGCCAACCAGCCUCUCUCCACCUCCUCCCAUCACGGGCCUGCGAGGCACGAGGCUGGCCCGCCGAGGUCUGGAUCGCUGCCGCCGUGCGUCGUCGCCUCCCAACCCUACCUCAAGCUCGAUCAGUUCCCUGCAGCCCCAUGGCGCCAGUUCCUCUGCGUCUUCAGCCCCGCCGCCAUGCCUUGCCUCGUGCCCCGUCGAACCUCGCGAGCCACCGAAGCCACGACAGCAAGUCUCAUGGCCGGCCAUCAAAGUUCCUCGUCGGAGUGGCCACCUGCGCGUCGUCGGCCACCUCCGGCGCCGGAUCUGACCGCCCUGACCUCGCCUUGCCCCGAUCCGUCCAUCCCUUGAACAGAUCCGCUGGAUCCCGCCGUCCUCGUCUCGUCCCGAUGACCACUGCCACCAUCGUCGAACUAUCGCCGUCCCUGCUCGCUAGUUCAUGCGGGAGGAGGAUGAAGCCAGCGUCAAGCACUCGCUCACCCACUGGGCUGCACGACCGCGAGCCGCCAAGGCCCAGCGCCCAACCGUCCUGGCUAGGCCUGCCUGCAACUCCUCAACCGCCUCCACGUCGGCCUGCCUCAACCACACUGACCUGGGCCUCGGUCCAGCAAGGUCAGCAGGUGUUCAGAUCGCUCGAUGGGUUCUUCUUCGGCGGCCCACACGAGGGGUGGUACUUCCAUUCCACCCCUAUCCCUCCGUAGAGCCUUGGAAGACAGUCUGACGACAUCACCCGCGUGUGCUUCUUUGUCGGCAGCAUUGCCCACUAGGAGACGUGCUGGUCGGGUAGGGAAGAAGGGGAAGGUUACAGGGAGAGGUGGUGGCCGC